UAAAUGAUGUUUCUCUUUUACAAAAUAUCCGAAUAACAUUUCAAGAUCAUAAUUUUGAAAGUGAUAGGAAGCUUAACAGGUUUUCUUAAGUUCGGAACUCCAAAAACAAGAAAAAAUGAAAAUGGAGAAUAAGGAUAGAAUGUGCAUGCUAUCAAUUGUGAUGGUAUUUACAAUAUGCCUAGCUGUUGCGUCUCUUGCAUGCUCUAUUACCUUUUAUAAUGAGUUACUUAAAGUGAAGGAUGAAUUACUGAAUGUCCAGGUGAAAGUACAAACAGGAGAAGAUGAGAUAGCAGAACUUAAGACUCGGAUUGAAACCCUGGAAGAUCAGCAGUGGCGUUAUGCUGAUGAAAGAAAAGAAAAGCAGGAUGACCUCAUUAACUUAGAUCGUGGAAAACGUCAAGCUGCCGGUACAUCUGCAAGUUGCAGUAUCUAUGGACGUGAUGGAAGAGAUGGCAUGCCUGGGCAACAAGGUCCACCUGGACCACAUGGACCACCUGGACCACCCGGACCAGCAGGUAGAGAUGGUAGUCGAGGGAAAAAUGGAAGAGAUGGGAUAAGUGCACAAGGAUUAUCAGUUGAAGAUAUCAGCUAUUUGAUAGGAUUGCACCAGAAAGAGCAGUGCUCCAGUAAUAGCUCAAGUAGUGGUACCUCUAGUUCAGGCAAUCACACUGGAGGUGCCAUGUAUGUGAGAUGGGGGAGAACUGUCUGUCCAAAUAAUGUAGAACAAGUCUAUUCAGGUAUCAUGGGCAAAACCUGGUUUGAUCAAACAGGUGGUGGUGCCAACUAUUUGUGCCUGCCCAGGGAUCCAGAGUGGGGGAAAACCAUGUCUGGUAUACAGUCAUCUGCCCAUAUUCAUGGAGUUGAGUAUCACUUGCAAGCCAACAACCCAUUCCUUACAGACAAUUUUCCCGAUCCAACUGAACCAGCUUCAUGGCUACAUGACCGCGAGGCUGUAUGUGCAGUGUGUAGGGUGCCACAGCGGGUUAGUCAGGUCAUGAUUCCUGCCUAUAAAUCAUGCCCAGACACCUGGACCAAGGAGUACAAUGGCUAUAUUAUGACUGAACAUAUCACCAAUCAGAAAGCUGAGUUCAUAUGUGUGGAUGAAGCACCAGAGGCAGAUAUAGCAAGAAGGAACAAGGAUGGAGGAAGAUUAUAUGUGACUGAAUCUAAGUGUGGCUGGUCACUACCUUGUCCAAAUUAUCAGAGUGGGUUUGAAUUAACUUGUGCUGUUUGCUCAAAAUAG